AUGUCCGAGCCGAAUGCGAAAUGCGUAUCCUUUUGUCCUCAGGAUCAGGCAGAUAGAUGGGCUCGCUUGUCGAUCGCGGGUGGAUCAGAUAACGGCGGUGGCCCGAUAAGAUUCCUCAAGAACCAGGCAAGGAUCACGCACCUUGCAUUAGAACGGAUGUUGAUCCACUGGAGGCUCCCUCACUCCAAUUACAGCCAGAAGGAUGGGACUCUUGCGCAAACUGCCCAGAUAAUCGCGGCUUUAUUGCGCUCGGGGGUGACUUACUGCCCAGAUGGACAGGAAUUAGUCCUUAAUGAACGGGGUCUCCUCUCUUCAUUCGAUCUUCGCUCAGACUCAGAAGUAGUUGUGGGGCGAUGGUUGGGCGCAGAUAGCUGUUGGCCUGGGGUCACACAUUUAGGGCUGGGUGCACCCGUGCUUCGCCUUCACCUAGGAGGUGCUUCGCCGAUCGCUGGAUAUCGACGCUGGGUGCCGCGAUAUGCUGGCUUAAGUGGGCUGUUUACUGUUGGCGAAAUCCCUCAAUUGAUUGGAUACGCUGCGGGGAAUUGGGUGAUCGCUUUGCACAACGCCAUGUCCCGGCCAACUCUAGAAGAAAUCAGUUCCUUGGAUCAUGAACUCCUCAAGUUCAGCCAAGGUAUCUUUGAAGUCUAA